AUGUACUCCUCUUCGUCUUCGGUAGAUAUAUCGCAACCACAGAGCCACUGGUCAAGCGAGGUCAAGAAAUCGGAGGACUGUUUCUACACAGGAGAGGUGGAAUCUGCACCUAAUGCAUCAUUUGUCGCAGUUGAUACCUGUUCAGGCCUAAGAGGUGCGAUAUACUAUCACAACACUACCUUCGUGAUUCUUCCUCUCCCCUGCCCGUCCUGUGAUCCACAGACAGCACCCCAUAUUGUUCUCUCCUGGUCUUCAUCUCCAAUUGCUCAGAAUGCUUCAAUGCGUACCUUCUGGAAACCGGUCGACUUAAUGGCAAUGAUGCAAGAGACAGUGGAUCAGCGUCUAGCGGAUCUUUCAAGCGCUGUGCACACUAUUUGGUUGGAGUUUAUUGUGGACGAGAAGUUGCUGCACCAAUUCAGUGGAAAAUUUACAACAACUCUACGUUACGUAGCAUCAAUGGUGAAUCUCGUCAAUUUGCACUUCAGAGAUCUACCCGUUCAAUUCCAUCUUCUACGAACCCAGAUAUGGAAUCUAGGCAACCGUGCCUCUAUUGAAAGCAGCAUCAAAGCCACACUGAACAACUUUCAACGCUACCGAUCCGAGCAGAGUUUUAGUGACAAUAUAGGCCAACGCAGAUCUAGACGCGACUUGGACGAGGGCGAGACUAAUGAUCCACUCUCAUCCUCUCCACAAGGUGUCUUCAAACAGCCCGGUUCGAGGAAAGCGGAUAUCACGAUGUUGUUGACGGAUUCAGCUGAAAUUGACUUUGUUGAGAAGGUGGAUCACUUAGCCAUUCCUGGAUCCAUCUGUACACCACGUGGAACAGCUAUAGUUAGGGUCAAUGUGACCGACUUUGAGCUUCAAGUGGCUACUCUAGUUUCAAAAUCUAUCGCUGAAAUCCUUGGUAUCCACUCAAUCCUCUGUCCAGAGAUCUGCAAUGAGAACGAGGUCUUUUCAUUAGGCGACAUCUCGCGCUUGCAAUUGGCUCUUCUCAGUGGGAUGUCGGCCUGUCUCAGGUCACCAAAUCUUCAGGGACGAGAAUUUCUCCGCCCCGAUACCUGCGGCAACGGAAUUAUCGAUCGUGGGGAGGAAUGCGAGCCCUAUCAGCAAGGUCUCCCCAUCGGUCUACCCCACAGCACCGACAGCGGCUUCAAUAAAAGUCUUAAUUCACCCGCUUUCGGCUGUUGCGAUUCCAAGACCUGCCUCGCUGACGUUCAUGCCGUCUGUGUGGAAGGUGGCUGUUGUCGUGGCUGUCGGCUGGCCGAGUGUCCAGGUGAUCUCUACCUGGAGAAUGGGAUGCCAUGUAAGGGUGAAAAAAAUGACUUUGAGGAAGAAGCUCUUUGCUAUGAAGGUCGAUGCCCAACAAGGAGCAGUCAUUGCAAAGCUCUUUGGGGACCAAAUGCACGGACCGCAGAUGAUUAUUGCUACAGCACAAUGAACAGGAAUAUCGACUCCGCUUGUGGGAAAGGUGUAGUGUGUGAGGAAGAGGAUGCGAUGUGCGGACUGCUGCAUUGUCAAAAUGGAAGUGAUGAACCUCUUCCAGUGGAGGCUCGUUUGCUUAGCUUCUUCAAUCUUCGGACACAGCACGAACAACAGAAAAUUCAAUGCCAGUAUGUAGCAAGUACACACAAAUUCAGCUACGUUCCCGAAGGUGCCUCCUGCAAUGAAGGCCGUUUUUGCUUUCAAAAACGAUGCAUAAAGCCCACUGCUAUCGUAGUGCACUCAAAGUGUCCCAAAGGGCCCUUCUCAGACCUCUGGGGCGUGUCAGAUGGGAGUAACGAUUACAUCCACCCUGCGGUGAGACGAAGCCUACCUACUGCCACCGCCACGCCCAUUAAUAUCACCUGUUCAGGACGCGGGAUUUGCACCAAUGGGGCCUUUUGUCUCUGUCCACCUGGAUGGCAUGGCCCCUCCUGUUCCCAACACCAACCAUCCAUCAAUCCAAAUGCUUCUGUGACGAAAGCACGCGUUAAAGUAGCCUACGUCUCCGUCUACCCUGAUGAAGACAUUGCCAGUUUGAUUUGGAUGUAUAUCCAAGCGAUGGAUAAGAAUGCCGGGGGAUUGGCGGAACCUGGGUCAGUGAACACUGUCUACCUGAUUUCAAUUUUGGGUGCUGUAAUAGCCUGCGUCUUCCUCUGCCUUUGUGGUAUCAUCUUCUUGUAUAGACGUCGAAAUUUCAAUAGCCGGGGCCUUCGCUUUGGUGCUAAGAGUGAAAGACGUCUCUCUUCUCCAACCAAUUGUCUCUCACCUGCUCUCUUCGAUUCGCCAUUAAGCAAGUCUUCUGGUACGGCCACGGCCACUACCACUGCUGCCAAUAGUAUGGAUUCUAUGUGCCUUUGCAACCGAAACUCUCGUCCUAGUGGCGCUUCUCUAGACGACAUGGAAUUGCACCAUCACACGCGUCGCUCCUCUUGUUCCCGUCGACAUCGACAUACCUUUUCUUCCUCGUCUUCUAAGAAUCGAAACCGUCGACAGAAACGAGGUGGUGGAGUUAGUAGUGGAGACAGUCUUCAAACUGGAGCCAAUGGAACUGUUGAAUCCGGCCCAGAGCUGGGUCGAAACGGGGAGGAGAGCGUGAAGGACGAGGGUGGUAAUGGAGUUGGAAAAAUCAAGUUUGGCUCGAUGCCUUCCUAUCGGGAGGAUAAGAUGAAGCAUGCAAAAGAUAAUGCCACUUCAACGACGAUAUCAGAUACUGCUGGGAUUUCGACGAUAACUGAUGCGGUAGUGACCACCGCUAGUACCACAAAUAAUCUGUUUCAACAGCAGCAACCGGCGUUAAUAGACUUUUCGGCAUCGUGGUCGCUACCUCCGCCACCACCACCACCUUUUGUUGUACCUGCAGUGUGCAGCGUAGUUGCGUCACCGAAUCCAAUAUUUACGGGAAGUUCAUCCCCUUGGAUGUCUACACCACAGACACCUCUGUUGACGUCUACUAACAUCAAUACGACGACGACAACCUGUGCGAAUGUGAUUUGUACUGAUGUUGGGGGCAUGGAGGUAAGAGUGAUGAGUGCACAGCCCUCGAGGAAGGUAAUGACAACGUCGACGAUCUCGGCGGAUGAGACGGAGACACCCCAAGUGACCGUGAUUCGGGAGAACUCCUGCCGCCAACCUGAAAAAGGCAUCCUCAAGAAUAAGCACGAAGGUGGUGGCGGCGUGGAUAUGCCCGAUCUCCCAACUUCUACCAACGGAGAAGGUGGUAGUAAGAAGCAGAAGCAUUCUUUAAAACGCUCUAGCAAGAAGCAUUAUUGUUCUUCACCUCACUUCUCUGGGACUACCUCCUCCACUUCUUCCUCUUCUACUUCCACUACGGGCUCCCAAAGUCCUUCCGCAUCAUCCACUGGCUCAUCCUCAUCCUCACUUUCAUCUGUGAGCUCUUGUUCAACCAGUAGGGCGACUGACGACACGAAUUCGACGAACUUUGUGGCGUCGGUGAUGAAUAGUGGGGAGGAAGAGGAGGGAGGAGUGAUGGACAUGGUAUCGGACUCUGGUAGCACUUGUUCAACCGCUUUGGAGACUGGGGAAGAGGAGCGAAAGAUGGGUGGAAGGGAGUGCCGGCAUAAGAACCAUCGUCAGCACAAAAGUCAAUGCAAGAAGAAGUCGAGUCACCGUCAGCACAGCCACGCUCACAGUCAUCACCAUCGCCACAGCCAUAGUCAUCAUCGCAGAAGCCAACGCAGCAGUAGUACUGGAGGAGACACCUCAGCAACUAACACUAGCACUCCCCCGACCACAACAACAGCCUCAACUUCUUCCACUUCCUCGCCGUGUCGUCGUCGUUGCCACCGUCGACGUCGAACUGGCGUUAGUCGAAGGUAUCGUCUCUCCUCGGAGGAUGCUGAAAGCAGUAUUGGUGGACAGAAUCACAAGGUUCCUACGAUCCUCUGCAAUGCGGAACAACAGACGGAUGAGAUUAGUUUGGCAAGAGCGAUGGGGGCGAUAUUUCCGACUCCACAGAAAGAUCUGCGAUCUCCCAGUCCACUAAAAGAUCUUCAAAAUUCUAAUAGCAGCAACCUCCAGCAGCAACAACAACUCUCGUCCGACGUAAUUGACGAGGAGGAUUCGGAAUGGGAGGAGGUGGAAUGCACGGGCGGUUCCGACUGCGAGGAGUGUCGAAAAAAUGCUGCCAUCUCCUCGUGGAAUUCCUCGGCAGUUCCGCCAACACCGCCUUCCGCAGGAGGUCUUCUCUCAAGGCAGUACAAACUGCCUUCACCACCACCACUGCCCCCUGCCAUCGUCACUUCCACACCCUAUUACUGCACCACUCAACUCUCCUCCCAGUCCGAAAUUGAUCCAUACUACCAACCACCAAUGGACGAUACAGACUCCUUUGUCGCCGGUAAGCCGGGUCUCGUCUCUCAUCGCAAGUAUCCCGGGCAUGCUGAGGAAGACGAUGGAUUGAUUAGCAGCAGGGGGACUCAGGGAGGAUUGACCCUUACGUCCUCCUUGAAUGCACCCAGUGACUGCUACAUGACGAGGGAUUCGGACGGAUUGACGCGAAAGACUUCCCCUGCAGUGCCCUACAUUUCCAGACAUAACUACAACGGUUCGGAUAGCGAUUUCUCCCUCUCGACUUCAGUCAAGAAGUCCCCCACCCUCGGUCACACUGUGGAUUGGCUGUCGUCUGAUAACUCCUCCCAAGUUGGUGGCCUCAGCAACCACGUGUCAGCGACUGUUGCAGCCACAGCACACCAGUGGUUGGACAUGGCGGAGUCAGACGCCAGCUCAUUGCCUGAUGCCUCCUGCGAUUUGGUACAUUUGGCUCAGUUGAGCCACGCAGCACGGAUGAAUCCGAACCUUUCGGAUCUGGCUCGACAACAGAGUCUCGGUUACGAGCACAAGGAAAGCAGCAAUAGCUGUGGAACUAGUCUGCGGAAGCACACUAGAAGGAUUGACUUCGCCUGUGCUCUGGCUCAUCCAGUUUUUACAUCCCUCGUUUAUGGCAUUUCACCUGAGGCUAAUCCGUUUAUGACCUGGCAAUUAGCAGAUCGUGACCCAAAGGGGUCUCCACCAUGUGUCGUCAAUAAAAUUAAUUGA